AUCAACGACAUUCAAUUUAAAAUUCAAUCAAAAGUGUAAAGAGAAGAAGAGAGACAGAGAUAAAAGAAACAAUAUGCAGACAAAUCGUGACUUUUUUCACAUUAGUCAUAACAUACGAUAGGGAUUGAUCGCGUGAAUAUUUUAACAAUUUGCAUAACAAACGAGAGAGAGAAGUAGUUCUCCUGUGCGAACAAGUUUAAAAUCACAUGUAAAAUGGUUCGAAUGGAGAGCAUGAGACGAUAAAAUAAAACCACGACCAGUUAACAUAUGAGCAACAACAAAAAAUCAAACAACAACAACACACGAGUGUAUUACAAAAUCUGAAUACUAUUGACCGUAUCAAAAAGUGACACACAUGAUUAGUGGUUUCAAAGAGAUAAUUGAUUCAUCGAAUGCCAAAUUCAAAUAUAGAUAGUAUCAAUCGAGUGUUGAAAUUAAUGAAUUAAUACUGGGCCAUCGAAACACACACACACAUAUAUAUACACACAGUGAGAAUCGUAUCGCGAAACAAAACGCACAGAAGCCAUAAAAUCUAUAUAUGCAAAUAUAAUAAGGCGGAAAAUUGUUCACUUUGCGUGCGUUUCUAAUAAUGGCACUCGUGAAUUUUUCAUUACCAUUCAGUGGUUCAGUGGCACCAUCAAAUUGGAUCACAACACCAAAUCCGAUACAAAAUCAACACGUAACAGUUGUGAAUGAUUUACUUUAUCAUCCUGAAGGUCAUCAGCAGCAUGAAGCUGAUGAUACGUCCAAUGUACAGCGACAAUAUUAUAAAAAUGAUCCAUAUUCACAUCCAACCCAAUCGCCGCCAAUAUCAAAUCAAUAUCAACGGCAAACAUUUCAUUAUCGAUCUCGUGGCGCGUCCAACAAUUAUUUACCGCCACCAUUGUCCAAUUUGAAUUCGAACCAUGAACGACCGCCGUCAACCAAAUCACAGUACAUACCACAAUUACAACCACCGCUGGAGACGGGCACACGAACGGUCACAAAUUACCAAAGUCAUCAUCAGACACGCGCAUUUGGUGAAAGUCGGUACGAGGCACACGAAUUUUAUAAUGAAAAUAUUAGCAGUAAUUUAAAUAAUAGUGAUGUUGAUAGUCAGUCACCAAAUGGUGCAUUCGAUUCGAUUGUAAACACACCACAACCGCCGAUAACCAAUGAUAAACUAUCAUCCAUUCAAAAUGACGACAAAACGUACACAUUCCCUGCCAAUCGUCCAACAUACACCCAAGUGCAAGCUGGCCAUGGUUCAAAAACCCAAGUGCAUGCGGUAUUGGACUAUGAUAAUGACGAAUACUAUGACGAAGAGAAUGUCGAUCCAAAAGAUCCAUCACCAAUUACACCGAUUCAAGGUCCAAUAUUCAUAAAAAAUUCCUCCGUUCCAGUAGUUCCUCUAUUUUCAUAUCCUACCAUGAAUAACGGUACCUUCAUUAGAAUUCCUAUUUGGUGGACGGCGUUAUCUGUGGCAUUAGGCUUGGAGAUACGUGGCGAUGUCAUAAAGGGAACACCAUGUGUUAAGCGACACAAUCAACUCUUUUGUCCUACAGCAGGAAAUAGCUAUCCAAUAGAUCGAAUUGAAGAGUUUAUUGACGAGAAUAAAGCGUUAAUGAGGCGAAUGUAUGGUGACUUUAGGUCACAACAAUUCAGGGAACCACCAAUACAAACCACAAGACAAAAACGUGACGCAAACAAACAUGAUAAUUUGCCAGGCGUUCCGGAUAUAACAGCUCCAUUUAAUGAAAAAUUAAACUUGUAUGCAACAGAUGACACGAUUGGCGGUGAAUCAUUCUUCGGCCACAUCAGACAUAAGCGACAAGCUAAACAAAAUAAACCGAAUCCAAAACCUCCAAAUUCCAAUUCGAAUCCAUCGGCAGAACCAGUAUCGAAUCGUGUUGAUGCAUGUGAAUCAAAAAUUGAAGUUGUUACACCGUAUUGGGCAUCGAAUUCAGCUGGAAAAAUCCGUGCCAUUGUCAAUACUCAACACUUUGAACAGGCCAUUCAUCAAGAGGUUUGCACCAAAAUGCUCACGAAUCGUUGUGGAGGUGAUUGUGGUUGUGAACAGAAAUACAAAUGGCAUCGAUUGCUUUCCUACGACCCGGACGAAGAUUGCAAGGGAAUCUUUAUGGAUUGGUUUUUGUUUCCGUCUUGUUGUGUUUGUCGCUGUAAUAAAACUUGAACAAAAUGAAAUUGGCUCAAUCAAAAACAUAUCGCGUUUAUUCAUAGCGAGUAAAUCCUUUUGCGAUAAUAACGAAAGUUUGUUUUUUUUUAAAAAUGAAGUAUAAUAGUAACGAGUUCAGUUUAUCUUUUCUAUGCGCACAUUUCUUUUUUGUUCUUUCUCGCGAGACGAUAGUAAUUAAUUUUGAUUCCAGAUAAUAGGCGGCCUCAACCUUUUGUUUUAUUCAACGCGUAAAUCUAUAUCUAUAUAGCAGUCGUUCUUUUCAGUUAUAAUGAUAUUCCUAGUUUCUUUUUUUGUGUGUGUGUGCAAGAAGAAUAAAA